CUCUAAGGAUUUCGUUUCUUUCCCUUUAACUGGAGCAGGAAGUGAGUUUCGAUCCGCAGGCUUGGACUCUUCCUCAGUUUGUGCAUCAUGACCUCCCCCCACAUCGCCUCCCUCUCCUGGGGCCGCAUGCAGGUGGAGGGCUGCUCCUCCAGGUACAAGGACUGCAAGGUUUGGCCCGGAGGCAGCCGGACCUGGGACUGGAGGGAGACUGGGACCGACCAUUACCCUGGGGUCCAGCCUGGAGAUCUGGAGGAGGUGCUGAAGAAGGGAAUCGAACUGCUGAUCAUUGGAAGAGGCAUGAAUGAAGCUCUGCAGGUUCCGUCCUCCACGCUGGACUUCGUGCAGCAGAGAGGGGUGGAGGUCAGGGUCCUGCAGACGGAGCGGGCCGUCGCCGAAUACAACAAGGUGGCCAGUCAAGGCGUGAAGGUGGGCGGAGUCUUCCACUCCACCUGCUGACGCCCUGAUCAGGACCAGGACCAGGACCAGGACCAGGAAGCGGCUCUGAAGUCAUCACAGAACUCUUCCAGGUCCAGAAGUCUGAACGGUCCUGCUUCCUGGUGGAACCGUUCCGGUAUUCAGCAGAACUUUCAUCUCAUCUGUAGCGGCCUGAGCUAAUCAGAGGAAAUGAUUGAGCUGUGGCUCCUGGAGGAGGAGGAGGAGGAGGAGGAGGAGGAGGAGGAGGAAGAGGAGGAGGAAGAGGAGGAGGAGGAGGAGGAGCAGCUUCCUCUCUCACCCUGGAGCUGUAACACGGGUCUUUUUCUCAUUACAACUCAAACCACAGAACCAGUGAAUAAAAACACAGGGAGAUGGUCUUUUUCCUGCUGCCUCUUCAACACCC